UUUCAGGAUGUCUGAUGACAUUUUUAGAGAUGCUUACAAACCAGCAGAGUACAAUUCUAAUAUUUCAAAAGCAAAGGUAUAUUUGACAACCUGUGCCAUUAACUGUGAUAGUCCAAUUGUCCUUGUUACAUCUGGCGGCACUACAGUGCCACUAGAAUGCAACACUGUCAGAUUCAUUGAUAAUUUUAGCACUGGGAAACGUGGUUCAGCUAGCACUGAGUAUUUCCUUAGAAGGAACUGCUAUGUUAUAUUGCUUCAUAGAUCUGGAUCUUUGAGACCGUUUUUCAGACAUUUUGAUGCUAACAUGGUUGAUGAAGCAUUCUCGGUUGAUGAAAGGGAUGAUUUGGUGGUAAGAAAGGAUUCAGAGCUGGGCAAAAACUUUAGAUCAAUAUAUGAUGCUUAUCACAAAUUUAGAAACAAACUUCUCAUGAUAGAAUUUGAAACAUGUAGCGAAUAUCUAUGGUAUUUGAGAGGUAUUGCUAAUCUGCUAACAAGUUAUAAAAGUAAUGCAAUCUACUACAUGGCAGCAGCGGUUUCUGAUUAUUACAUACCUCGUGAUGCCAUGUCAGAACAUAAAAUACAGUCCAGCGAUGCAGCACUAGAUAUCAAACUAUUCCCUGUCCCCAAAAUGCUGGGACAUCUCUGCAAUACCUGGUCUCCUGAAGCUUUCUCUGUUACUUUCAAACUCGAAACAGAUUCAACGAUACUGAUUUCUAAAGCUGAAAGGUCUCUUCAAAGGUACAAGCAGAAUCUGGUGAUUGGGAACACCUUGUCUGAUCGAAGGGUUCGUGUCACCUUCAUUUCUCACUCUAAAGAUAACGUGUUGAAAGAGAGGUUGUGUGAGACGAAGGGCUCUGAUAAGUCAGAACUUGAAGAGCUGAUAGUUGAUGAACUUUUAAGCAGCUACAGAUUGUGGCUUUCUUCUGAGUAAAUUAUGUUUAUAGAGAAAAGAAAUAUUGUAAAUUGAAUGGGUUGCCAAUGUUUUGAAUACUUUUGUGCACUUUUAAUUUAUUAUGAUUUAUUACAUUCUUAAUUCUUAUUAUGAUUUCAUUGUGUUAGUAAUUGUGUUGUCAAAUUGAUAUCGUUCAUUCAGUUAACUUUCAAAUUUGUUUUCUUUGUGCAUCCAAUUAUUUAAUGAUAAUGUCGGUAGAUGUAUGUAUAAAACGUAGAAUUUUAACAUUAUUACUCCUCUCCGACUCCUCCAACCGUGCUAUUCCUUGUUAUUCUAUUUUCCUUCCAAAUGCAGAAUUCGGGAGUAUUGCUACUGUAUUUGUAAAUUUAGUUUGUAUUCUUGACGACAGAUUCGCCGAUUCCGAUUAACAGAUUUAAACCUCAACGUUUUCACUCAAUCCUGCAAUCCAGCUAAACUAGAAUUUAUCUGUACAAGGCGAUGUAUAACGUUUACUUAAACAAAUAGUAUAUUAAACGAAUAGUAUGUUUAUUGUAUUAUUAAUUACUAUAUGUGUGCAAUAUAAUAAUAUAAUGCCACAAUUCCUUGAAGUCUGCAUGACAUAUCCAGACGAAAGUAAUGGUGGUUCUGGACGACCUAAAUCCAUUGCUCUGUACAACCCUACAUUGCUCGAAAUAAAAUCCAGGUUCUAUAAUGACAUUAGGAGAUACUCUAUAGAGAAAGAUCAGAUAACUUCCCUUGAAGACUUCCUUGCAAUUGUUACGAACAUUCAUAGGAUACCAGAGAAAACGGUUCUUAUAUCUUACACUGAUCCAAUCGAGAAAGAUGAACUGCCCAUCACAAACAACAAUAAUCUACAAAAGGCUAUCUCAACCAGCAAGUCCAUGUUACGAGUCCAACUCUUCAAAGAAUCGGACUCUGAUUUGAUGUACCAGAAACUCAGUAAGCAGCACGAAAAGAAACUCAACUCGUUACAAAUCAGUGCUCCUAAGGAAUUCAGACAGGUAUCUUCUGUGAUCGAUGCUGAUUCUCUGCCUACUUGGAAGAGAAGGGUGAAGUUAAUGAAACAUGCCAGCGAUAAACCGCUAGGAUUCUACAUCAGAGACGGCUCUAGUGUAUCGGUAUCCGAGGAAGGAAUACAAAAGAAACCAGGUAUCUUCAUAUCCCGAUUGUUGCCUGGUGGCCUGGCUGACAGCACGGGUCUGCUAAGUGUGGGAGAUGAAGUUUUGGAGGUUAAUAAUAUCUCCCUUGAAGGUAAAACACUGGAUCAAGUUACUGACAUGAUGAUUGCAAACGCUCAGAAUCUCAUCAUCACGGUCAAACCAACAACCCAGCCUAAGCCCAUACAGAGGCUCAACAGACCGUAUGUUUCUGUGCAGCUAAGGAUAAAGAGAGGAGCUGAUCAAGCCUCAGGUCGACAAAAGAGGGAAGAGGGCGGCGAAGUGGCACACGUGAGAUCAGGAAGCACUCCAGCCACGUCAAAACACACAGCACAGUACUGACUACAACAACCUGUGGUCACUCUGACCACUGCUAACACUAGCUGUGAUAAAGUAGCUGUGACCGGUUGUGAACAGCACAUUAGAAAUACUAGCACCUUCAUAAAUGAUCGUUGUAUGCAUGUGUAGAUUUCUUGUUCUUAGAGUCCGGUUCAUUUUGCAUCUGAUUAUUAUUUGACUUGUGAAGUAUGAGUUAAACUAAAAGAUUGAUAUUAAUAGAAAAAUCAAAUAGGUUAUGAGUUCAUAAGAAUUGUCGUGGCAAUUGCAUGAUAACGCUGAGUUGCCCAUUUUGCCACCUUGAUGCGAGACAGGCUGAUAACUUACACAUAAAGUGAUAUUAUUUGCUCAAUGGGGUGAUAUCAUUGAUUUUUAUGUGCUAAACUUAAUGGCUAUAAGAUAUGCUGCCGCUUGAUCAACAUAACAGUCUCACAUAUCAGUAUCGAACUCAUGAUUUAGGUAUUACCAGGAACAAACAGUAUAUAACUGUAGUUUGAUUUUUUAGAUAACGGAAAUCUCUAGCUGUACUUAAGGUACCCUUUUGUUAUCAAAUGUAGUGAUACUGAAUACUGAUGGCUGAUUGUACUCGAUAGGAAGCUCAUAUUAUUAUCAUCAUUAAAUGACAUCCUCCAAUGCGCAUCACGCAAUAUAUCCCUGUGAUAAUUCAUCUCCAGCAAUAAUGGUACGGUUUCCAGUUGUUUAUAUCUAAUUUCUUGUAGUUGUUCAGUUUGAUUGGAUGCCCUGAUUGGCUCGUUUUUGUCAGAGCCAAAAUAAUUGAACUGGUGGACAUGGGUUCACUGGGAGUUUUACUACUCAUCAAUGCAUGCUAUUUUUUCGUUUGCACAUGACAGAUGUAUAUGUUCUUGACAAAAUUUUAUUAUUAGAUUUUUUGUUGUUUAUAUUUUAACGCUGCGAAAACUGGAGUUACCGUUUUAUAUUAUAUUAGAUUUCAGAGAUUAUUCAGAAUUUAGAUCAUAUAGUUAUCAAUCAGUUGUAAUAAAAGUUUUGAUUUCAAUUUCAAGUUUGAAAUUUAUGGAAUGCGAAA